CUUCUGAGUGCUGGGAUUAAAGGUGAGUGCCACCACCACCUGACACCUAAACAUAUGUUAAAACAUAUGAGAAGUGUUUAAUAAAUACCAUUGCAGUCAAUAUGUUUAUAAUUUUACACCUCAGGGAAACUGAGGUAGAGAAAGAUUAGAUUGUCUGAGGGUUGCAAAGCUUCUAAAUGGUACAAGCAGAAUUCAUCAGCCCAGCUGAUACCUGGGCCUAUGUGAUUUGGCAACUAAAAUUAUAAUUGGAUGAGGAUCGUAAAUGGUUUCAAAUAAUUAGCCUAUUCAACCUAUUGAUACUAUUUAAAAGCUCAAAUACCUCAAAAUUAAAGUAAGUCAUAUUCUUGUAAAGAAAAAAAAUACAAAACCAUUCUUUCUGUAAAGGAAAAAAAAGAUGGUUUUGUUUAAAUUACAACCAAAGAAAGCUCCUCUGUAUUCUGUCAUUCAUUUAGAACUUAAUUUACAAAAUGUAUAAAAAUAAUGUGUCUAGGUCAAUAUGGCUUUUGGAAUCAAGGCAAGUUCUAUGGAGGCCAUCUCUUUUAGUGGAUGUUUAGCUGUAAAGUUAUACAAAUGUAUUUUGGGUUGCAGUUGUAUUUGAAACUUGUAAUAUUUUUUAAGUAAAAUUUCAUAGGUUUAUAUUACAUGUAUUGUAUUGUACCUUGUAACUAAAUUUAUCCUGCAGUUUUAAGAUAUUCUUAGUUUGGAGAAUCUUGUAUUUUGUGAACAAAUACAAUAUGCCAAAAAUGUUCUCUAGUCAAUUAAAUUUGGGAAAUGUUAAACUGUAUAAAAUCUCUGUACAGUAUUAGUUGGAGUUUUUACUAUACUAAUAUGCUUUUAUGAUCUCCAAUAUUCCCAAACUUAUUUGACCAAGGAAAAUUUUGGGAUCAAGUGUUCUAAAGAAUCACAUCUAUGGAAAUGAUGUUUCAUUCAUCCAACAUGUGAUUUUUAUAGACUUUGAUCUAAAUUCCUUUUGCUCAGCCUUUGCUUUUAUCUAGUGAGGGUGUUGAUGUUUUCAUAGUCAUGUGGUAGUUUAUCAGUCCUUUGAUCACUGCAGUUGCCUUUCUCUGGGCCCUUAUGCUCUGAAUGAUAGGACACACAAACCCAGACUUAAGUGCUGAGUGUUGUUCCAUUCCCAGGCUCAUCUCAUCAAUACCCAGCCUGUUACCCUUUGGAGGUCACAGCAACACACUAUUUCUUCUGAGAAUAUUUUGUAGUGCCUAAUAGUAAUUCAGAAUAUCACAUACUAUCUGCCUUCUCUUCCCUUGGAAUUAUUUCCUUCCAAUGUCAGUAUGACCAAUAAAGUUUUGUUUUUAUUCAAAAGAAAUUUAAAUGUCAACAUGUUGGUUGUUGCUAGGACCUAUCUAUAUCUAUGAAAUUGAGAUGUUCUUGAAAUUUUAACAGUUGGUUCCUGCUUAAAAAAUGUGUGUGUAUGUGCAUAUGUGUGUGUGCUCAUUUUUAUUUUUGUAUUGAAAUUUACUGGGGGUAUUGUAUGUAUUUCUAAAGCUCUACAAGAGAAGCAGAACACUUGUAUUUUCUAAGUGAAAAAAAAUGGCUUACAACAUAUAUAAGAAGAGACUCAUGCAUUUUAGGCAGAUAGAAAGCAAGAGCAAGGAUAUGCAACUUGAAACAACACUGGUAUUUGAAAGAAAUUUUGGCUUAAAUACAGUGGUAAUGGUGAUAUUUGCUGGAAUUGCUUACCAUAGGGUGUAGCAACUGAAUGAGAAGAAGAAAUUCAAGAUAACUCAUAACUUUUGAGUGUACAGAAAAUGUGAUAUGGCCAUACAGAAAGUAGUGUUUGGUUAAGGAGAAAGGAUGCUAUCAUAAGUAAGUUGAAAAUGAGAGAGUACAUUUAGGUGAAAAGGGGGACAUGUGACAGGUUCAGAGUCAUAAUUACUCUGGAAAUAAAAUGGAUAGCUAUCAUACCUAUUAAUUCGUCACAAAAAUGUGACCAUAUUCUCUCUUUCUUUUUUGAGAUAGGGUCUCCUUUUGUAGUUAACCUAGAGCUAAGUUAUGUAUACUACUUGGCCUCAAACUUACUAUGUAUAUAGCCCAAGAUGGCCUGAACCUUGUUCAGCCUCUGGCAUGCUAGGAUUACAGGCAUGCACCAACAUACCCAUUUUGAGACAAUAGUUUUUACUCCUACUUUUCUUUUAGGGGAUGAGCAGAAAAACAGUGUUGGAGGAAUCAUAUUCAGGAUGGUGUCCUUGACAAAAGAAGGACUAGGUUUAGCUUCAUUCCUUUAUUUUUUGCUUCUUCUCAUUCCAUGUGUGCUCUGGACAGUAUCACUUUGAAGGCCCUAACUAUCUCCCAAACUAUGCUUCAUUUCUUUUCCCACUAAUAGCUACUUAUUAAGAAUGGGGGGUCUCUACUGUGGGACAGAUACCCACUGAUGUAUUUGUGCUCUGCAAAAAGUAGGAAUACAGUGAAUCUGCAUCAUGAUGCUAUGAGUGGUUUCCACAAGAUUCUAUUCAUGAAAAUGCAUGUGAAGUUAUGAGCUCAAAAGCUAGGCAUAGAACUGUUAUGGAGAGUUUCCUUGCUACCCCAAACUCUGAGAACAGUACUUUAUUUACAUCUCGUAAAGAGCAGAGAAAUAUUUUUUAACCUUCUAGUUUGUAGAAUAAAAAUUUUACAAUUAUACCUCUGUUGAAAAACGGGCUUCUAUGACAUCCUGCUUAAAUGAAAUAGGGAGCUAGAUGGAUAGCUAUUAUUUGCUUUCAGAAAGUCAUGAAACUACACUAAAUAUUUUUCCUAAAAUGAAAAUUCCUUUCUGAUAAGCCUCACUAGUAUAAAUAACUUUUUAAAUAAAAUGGCAGAUAUUUCCUUUCCCCUUAUAACAAACUUAGACUCAUUUUAGAAGGCUGUAUACAUCAUUAAGAAUCUUUUUUAAAAUGUAAGCAGUUGUGGAGUGGCUUUAUCUGAAGAAUAUGGGAUGCAUGUGUCUGUUUCACUACUUUUCUACCAAAAUCAUGUGUCCUUAGGCGCACUUUUGCACAUUUUCUUUUUUCUUUUUUCUUUUUUCUUUUUUUUUUUUUGGUUUUUUGAGACAGGGUUUCUCUUUUGUAGCUUUUGGUGCCAGUCCUGGAACUAGCUCUUGUAGACCAGGCUGGCCUCGAACUCCCAGAGAUCCGCCUGCCUCUGCCUCCCGAGUGCUGGGAUUAAAGGCGUGCGCCACCACUGCCUGGCUUUUGCACAUUUUCUAGUGUUAACACACUACCAUUGAAUACUGCUUUUUAGAUGUAGAUGAGAGAGGAACUGUGUCCACCCUCCUGUAGUUCUCAUCUCUCCACAGAACAAACUUAGAAUUCUUGAAUGCUUUGCCAUAGAAAGUUAGGAUUACCUAGGCUUUGCCUGUAUAUCACUUGAGUUUCUUUUUCAGAAAGCUUAAGAUGGCAUUUGAUAUGUUUAAACUGUACAAAUAGAUAUGUAUGAGGCUUGGUUCUGUUUGAGUUGCUAGUCCCAGGUCACCUUGCUCACUAGUGAGUUCAUCCCAACCUUAAAAGUCACACCUGUGUCCUGUGCGCGGAUGCUGCAGGCUUAGGUGGAGAAAAGCAGGGCUAGAAUUGGAACCCAAAGCCCAGAAUGGCAAGAGAGGAUGUGGGGGCUCCACCCGAUCAUCUCUGGGUUCAUCAAGAAGGUAUCUACCGCGACGAAUAUCAACGCACAUGGGUAGCUGUGGUGGAAGAGGAGACAAGUUUCCUAAAGGCUCGAGUUCAGCAAGUUCAGGUUCCUUUAGGUGAUGCAACUCGGCCAAGUCACCUUCUUACUUCCCAACUACCUCUCAUGUGGCAGCUCUACCCAGAGGAGCGCUAUAUGGAUAACAACUCUCGCUUAUGGCAGAUUCAGCAUCAUUUAAUGGUCAGGGGAGUACAGGAACUACUGCUUAAACUUUUGCCUGAUGAUUAACCUGGUGCUGGGAUUCUAAGAAGAUAUGCUUCUUUGUUCUAUUCAUUAUAUGGCAAUCACAUCAUUCACCACUGCAGUGCUCCCACCCUUGGGUCCUUGUUGGGAGGGAGUAGUUUGAAAACUGCAGAUGUUUAGGAAGGGUCAUGAAGAACACUGCCAGUGAAGCUACAGAGAGAGGGUUACACAGGGCAGAAAUCAAGCCAACAAAAGCAUUUAGUCAGGAAAUGUAACUUGAAAUGACUCCUUUGGAA